AUAAGCGCAGCCCUGGCAAUACACUUGCACUUGCAAGGGAAUUUAGGAAGCCGGGUGUCUUUACUUACCGACGAAUCUAAAUUACAAUUACUUUACAACAUGAAAACGUUGACCAAAGUCCUGCUCACGAGUGUUGCUGUGGCUCUGCUCGCUGUCAAAUGGAACGCUCCCACGUUCAAUGCGGAAAUCCUCCAAGGUGCCAGGGUCUUGGUGACCGGGGCCAGCACUGGCAUUGGUGAACAAAUGGCGUAUCACUACGCCAAGUUUGGCUCCCAGAUCGUCAUUACAGCAAGGAGAGAACAAGUCUUACACCAGGUGGCGGAAAAGUGCCUGAGCUUGGGAGCUCAGAAGGCCCUGUACAUAGCAGCGGACAUGAGCAGUGACUCUGACCCGGAUAGAGUGGUUGAUUUCGCUCUGGACCAGCUCGGAGGUCUGGACUACCUCGUUCUCAACCACAUUGGACCAAGCCCCUUCAACAUGUGGGAAGGAGAUAUACAGCACGUCGAGUGGCUGAUGAAGGUCAACUUCUUGAGUUACGCUCAGAUGGCCUGGAAAGCUCUCCCCUCCCUUGAGCAAAGCAAAGGCUCACUCGUGGUUGUUUCGUCUCUUCUAGGUAAAGUGACCAGUCCCUUUGUGGCUCCGUACACGUCAACCAAAUUUGCCUUGAAUGGUUUCUUUGGGGCUCUAAAUCACGAGUUGGCCAUGAAGAGUAGCAACGUAACGAUCACGACGUGUACACUGGGCCUCAUUGACACUGACUCAGCCAUGGAGAAAAUCAAGAAUGUCAGUCACGUACCAGCCUACCCUGCCAGUGAAGCGGCAUUGAACAUCAUCAUGACAGGAGCCACUAGAGAGCGGGAGCUCUUCUACCCUUGGUAUACCUACAUCAUCACCCUUAUUAAAGACUUCUUUCCCGCCACCAGAGACUACGUAAUGCAAAAGUCCUACAACUACAGCCCAUGAAAAAAGAUUUACCGUAAUUUCUCGUGUAUAAUGCGCAUCCAUGUAUAAUAUCCAUCCAUCCAUUUUCUGAGCCGCUUCUCCUCACUAGGGUCGCGGGCGUGCUGGAGCCUAUCCCAGCUAUCAUCGGGCAGGAGGCGGGGUACACCCUGAACUGGUUUCCAACCAAUCGCAGGGCACAUAUAAACAAACAACCAUUCGCACUCACAUUCACACCUACGGGCAAUUUAGAGUUGUCAAUUAACCUAGCAUGCAUGUUUUUGGGAUGUGGGAGGAAACCGGAGUGCCCGGAGAAAACCCACGCAGGCACGGGGAGAACAUGCAAACUCCACACAGGCGAGGCCGGGGAUCGAACCCCGGUCCUCAGAACUGUGAGGCAUACGCUCUAACCAGUCGCACACCGUGUCGCUCCAUGUAUAAUACGCACCCCCAAAGUUGACCUUAAAAUUCUGGAAAACCCUUCUACCUAUCUAUAAUGCAUUUUUACAAUGCAUGAUUUUGCUUCUGCCCUUAUGAUGAAAACAUUAAGUAUUUUGGUAUUUUGUUAUUUUUUUUCCAAUAACUAUGAAUCAUGCGCACUAUUGACGUUUGACAAUUUUUGGGGGUAAAAAAAUUUGCAUUAUACACGAGAAAUGACAGUAUGUGAAGGGCCACAACUGCCCUCACUUCCAGUGGGGGCUUAAGAAUUUUUAAAAAGUUUAUAUUUAAGAUGUAUUCUUAUGCCGCGAUUGGCUGGCAACCAGUACAGGGUGUACCACGCCUCCUGCCCGAUGAUAGCUGGGAUAGGCUCCAGCACGCCCGCGACCCGCGUGAGGAGAAGCAGCUCAGAAAAUGGAUGGAUGGAUGUAUUCUUAUGUGUUACUGUAUUGUCUGUGAGUUGAUGUAUUCAACAAUCCAAAUUUGUCGUUCUUUUGAAAGUUAACUUGCUGUUACCACAUGGAAGCAGAUCAUGUUUCUAAAUGCAGUACUGUACACAAAAACUGAGCUAUUUUCUCGUUCCACAUCAAGCUUUUCAAAGAAAUCCAGUGACUAUGGCAUUUUAUUUCCCUCCCAAACCUCAAACCAAGAAUAAUCCUAAUCAAAAGUCAUCCAUCCAUCCAUUUUCCAAGCCGUUUAUCCUCACAAGGGUCGCCAUGGGGCAAAAAUCAUUUUUUGAAAAAAACCUCUCAGUUUUUCUAAUGUGGCAUGAUGAGGCAUGCUGCCUGAUAAGCAAGUUGGGAAAAGAGAUUGUAACAGAGAAGGUGCUUCUUGUUACUGACUACAAAGAUGAGUUAUAAGAAAGAUUCACAAUAAACAGAUGAUAAUUGAA